AGUACACUGAAGUCAACAAGAACAAUUUUCACGUUAGCGUUUUUAUUGAUGUUAUUUAGACGUUUAUAAACACACUGGAACUUAAAAUAUUACUAAUUUAACUGCACAGCAUCACAUACUUACCACAAGUAGUGUUUAAUUCGCGUUGGACACAGGAUUUGGUUUAGAUGUUUUCUAGGUAACGCUAGCUGCUAACGUUAGCUAACAAUGGCUAACUGUAUGGUUUUUCACACUCAAAUAGCCUCCAUUAUGGAGGUGCUAGCGAAUGCAGCCGUGGCAGAGAUCUGUAAACUCGUAGACGACGACUAUGCAGUGUUUCGUUUGGAAAUAACUCAAAGCCAGAAAGAAAACAUGGCAUUGCGGAGGAAACUACUGGAACUGAAGGUGGCACGGGAGCGCGCAGAGAGGACAGUGCGAGAGCGCGUUCUCGCCAGUCGUCCCAGUAGUGUCAAGAUCCUCGACCGAUACAGAGGAAUGGCAAGAGGUGAAGGACAUCUCACUGGAGGCAACAGGAGCUUUGUGAAGCCAGCGGGACACAAUACAUGGAGAGAUGGCCAACCAAUCACUGUUGAUGAGAGAAGUGGAACCUCAACCCAUCAUGUUAUUGUGAUGGAGUCUGCAGAUCCAGAGGCUGUAGGUCCUGGGGUCAAACAGGAGAGGUCUGGAGGAGAGGAAGACCCACGACACAGCAGAGACAUCCAGACUGGAGCAGCGUCUGGAGCGCCCCCUGUAGCAACGGAGGACCCCGCCCCAGCACAGCCCAGGAUCCGACACAGCAUCACGGAGGUCAGUGGAACGCAGAACGCCGUCCUCAAGUCAGAGACCGACACAGAGACUUUAACUGUAACACACAGGUUCUUACACACAGGAUCUGACCACAGAUCAGACCCAGAGAGACUAAGGCCACUGGGCUGUCCUCCUGCUCCCGGCUCAGAAUAUUUACCGGUAUUUCACCAGAGGAUGGUUAAUUCCCGUGGGGAUGUUGAUGGUGACGCAUUAGACACUGGCAGUGAUGAUCCAUCUUGUUCUUACACUACAGAGAUGGAUUCUGGCAAAAUGCACUUGGGUUUAGAGACCCAGACUGAUCUGUCUAGAGGGGACUGGAACCGGUACAGUAGUAGUGUAUACUCUAAAGGGUGCCUAGAUAAGAAAGGGGAGGUUAUAGUGGUAGAUGAGGUGAAAGUGGAGGGCGAUGCUCCUCCCACAUGGAAUACAGAUAGUCACCUAGGAGACGGACACUCACAGGGCAGAGAUUUCUUAAAUUACAGGGGUAGCUUAGAGACUAAUCUAAAUGUCGCCACCCAAUCCUCUUUAGAUGCGUUCAGGGGUCGUGACCCAGUGUUCACGUCGAUGGCACCUUCCGAUUCACACGGCCAGAUCCUUUUCGAUCAGGUAUUGAACUCAAACGACAGGGCUAGAGCCCAGGCUCAGGGAGAAGGAGCCACAUCAGGCAAUAGUAAGGAGAAACGAUUCCUCUGCAUGUUCUGUAACAAAGGCUUCAGCUGCCCCCAGAAGGUGGAGAGGCACCAGAGGGUCCACACAGGGGAGAAACCCUUCAGCUGUACCCAGUGUGAGAAGAGGUUCUCCCGCCAGGACAACCUAAAGAUGCACCAGAGGGUCCACACUGGGGAGAAACCCUUCAGCUGUACCCAGUGUCACAUGCGCUUCGCCCUGGCUGGCAACCUGAAGAUGCACCUGAAGGUCCACACGGGAGAACGGCCGUUCGCCUGUACGCACUGCGGGAAGAGGUUCUCAGAGAGGAGAUACCUCAGGAUACACCAGCAGAAAAACCAUGCCACUCUAUGAUAUAGAAAGUAACCAUUCCAUUCGAUAGAUUCUGACGUUUAGAUCAAACCCUGCAUUAAAGACAAAGAUUAAUCUAUUGCCAGCAGAAAAGAUCCACUGAUUACUUUUGACUUACCAUAGCUGACUCUUAUUUACCCACAAAAUAAUUUAUGUCCAACAUGAUGGGUUUAGCAACAAUUAAGUUAUUCAGUAACUACAGUAUAGGACUCAAACGAUGUGGGGAUAGGUAAACUCUCCAUGUUGAUAGUGUGUUUAUUACCUGUGUGUGCAUCUAUGUCUGUGUAAUCUGUAUCACCUCUUUCUUCCAAGAGGAGGGUCCAGAGCAAUGAUUCAUAUAUUACACUAGAUGACUGAUAAGGGGCGCUGUUUUGAAACCGCGCCUUCAUCUUGGCACUCCCCCACCCUUGUAAAAAAUAUUUGGGAAGCUACCGAAAUGCAUUUAUUAAUGUCUAUAUUUGUUUUUGCCCUGUUUAUUAUAUUACAGACACCUUAUUGCAUACUUUUAAAUGAUAUUAUGUGAGCUAAACAAACAUUUAAAAAGGAAAAUUAAAAACAUUUUCCUUAAGUAUUAUUUUUUUGAAGGUUCUAAUAUUUCUGUCCUUACUACAACAACAAAAAUACUUGAAGCUGCGACCCAACCAAAUUCACAUAGAAAUGUGAGUUAUAGAUCUGUCAUUCUCAUUGAAAUCAAGUCUAAGAAGCAAUUGUUUUUGCGCCUUUUACUUACAGUUUCUUACACCAGCUUCAAACAACUGAAAAUACAAUAAGUUUGGUUUUGGAAAAUAUAUUUCACAGCGGUUUAGAUGGUAGAAUGAUUCUCUACGCUAUACUUACUUGUUUUAUCAAAAACUGAAAUUAGGUGAACUAUUAGACAUUUAAAAACCACAAAAUGGCAGAGCGAUUUCUGCAAAGUGCAGCUUUAAAUACAUGUAAUUUUGU